GUUCACCAAACACGCUGACCUGACGACCCCGCACAAAACCCCCCAAAACUCGAGCACCGAGAAGCCAAACCAUGGCCCUCGCCACGUUGACGACCCCACUCGCGCCUCUCGCCGUCUCCCCGGCCCCGAUCCGCGCCUCCCAGUGCUCCCUCCUCUUCCUGCGCGGCUCUCCGGCGCCCGCCCUCCUCUCGCUCCGCUCGGGCGCCCGCCUCCUCGCGGCAGUUGCCUCCAAGGAACCCGAGCUCGGCGGCGGCGGCGGGGACGGUUCGGGAUCUGGGAGCGGUGGUGCGGGCGGGAGCGGAGGCGGUGGGGCCAGUGACCCGAAGGAGGGUGGGGAGGAGGGGGAGGGAGAGGAGAAGAAGAUGGGGGAGGGGCUCUCCAUGUCGCAGAAGCUCACCCUCGCCUACGCCGCGCUCGUCGGAGCCGGUGGAGUAAUGGGGUACAUGAAGAGCGGAAGCCAGAAGUCGCUAGCUGCAGGAGGCAUAUCAGCCCUGGUGCUGUACUUCGUUCACACUCAACUCCCAGUGAGACCUGUCUUUGCAUCGUCGAUUGGGUUAGGUAUAUCAGCGGCACUACUGACAGUCAUGGGAUCUCGCUUCAAGAAGUCUGGAAAGAUAUUCCCAGCUGGUGUUGUGUCUCUUCUUUCCUUCGUCAUGGUUGGUGGUUACUUCCACGGAAUUUUGCGUAGCUCACAUGCGUGAUGCAGUCGGUGUAAAUUACCAGAUGCACCUCCCGGCUUUAGAUUUCUGAAUCACUUCUUUUGUGUGUGUUUUAAAGCACUUAUCUGCAUCUACUACUUUGUAUUCUAGGGACUUGCUGUUGUACCUAUCGUCAUGUUGAAUUGAUGUGAUGUCCUAGCGAGCUAGAUAAGCAUGUGAUCAAAAUAGUGGUGGACGAUAAUUUGGACAAUCAUGUACGAAUCCAGUUCUUUUACCAGCAAUAAAAGGUUGCAUUUUGGGUGGAA